CAUGGGGAUGAUAUUGAUGCUUCUUUUGUUCCUUCAAAGUUUAACUACUUCCAUUGAAUCCACUACGGCGAAAACUCACAGGGGCGUCUCGUUCUCGUACCCUCACUUUCAACACCUUGAUGUGAAACAAGGCAUUGAAGAAACGAAACUCAACUUGACCCGAGAGACGGAGAGUAAGGAACAAAACGGGAAGCUCAGACUAGUUCACAGAGACAAAAUGAUAAGUUUGCACGACAGUGGAGGUCGUCACGAUCCUGGCCGGCGUUUCAGUGAUCGAAUGAAGAGAGACGUGAAAAGGGUGGCAUCCUUAACUGGACGGCUUAGUUAUGAGGCCGAGGCGUUCGGGUCGGAUGUGGUUUCGGGUAUGGAAGAGGGAAGUGGAGAAUACUUCGCUAGAAUUGGAGUUGGAAGCCCUCCAAUAAGUCAGUACGUUGUGAUUGACUCAGGAAGUGACGUUAUAUGGCUCCAGUGUCAGCCAUGUGACCAGUGUUACCACCAAUCCGACCCGGUAUUCAACCCGGCCAAUUCUGCCUCCUUCGCUGGAGUCUCGUGCUCCUCCGUGACCUGCAACCGCCUGGAGAAUGCAUAUGCAGGGUGUAGUCAAGAAGGUAGAUGUCACUACCAGGUGUCAUAUGGCGACGGUUCCUACACAAAAGGGACGCUGGCACUUGAAACCCUAACCAUGGGUCGGACCACUAUCCAAAACGUGGCAAUCGGGUGCGGGCAUAAGAACCAAGGCAUGUUUGUGGGAGCGGGUGGGUUGUUAGGUCUUGGAAGUGGGUCCAUGUCUUUCGUGGGGCAGCUGGCUGGCCAAACAGGUGGAGCCUUUAGCUAUUGUUUGGUAAGUCGGGGCACCGGCUCAUCCGGGUCACUUGAAUUCGGACGUGAAUCCAUGCCCGUUGGGGCGUCAUGGGUUCCCCUGGUCCACAACCUUCGGGCCCCAAGUUUCUACUACGUGGGACUUUCGGGUCUUGGAGUCGGAGCCUUGCAGGUGCCCAUAUCAGAAGAUGUUUUCUCACUAGGCGAGCAAGGCGAUGGAGGCGUCGUGAUGGACACCGGCACCGCCGUCACAAGGCUUCCCACGGCAGCGUACAAUGCAUUCCGUGAUGCUUUUAUUGCGCAAACCACCAAUCUUCCACGUGCAUCCAGAGCAUCCAUUUUCGACACAUGCUAUAACUUGAACGGGUUUCUGUCGGUUCGGGUGCCAACCGUAUCCUUUUAUUUCACAGGGGGCCCGAUCCUCACGCUGCCAGCACGCAACAUUUUAAUUCCCGCAGACAAUAUUGGAACUUUCUGUUUUGCGUUUGCUCCUUCUCCUUCAAAGCUUUCCAUCAUAGGGAACAUUCAACAAGAAGGGAUCCAAAUCUCAGUGGAUGUAGCCAGUGGGUUUCUGGGUUUCGGGCCCAAUGUCUGUUAAGUAAUUAUUAUUUCAGUAGAUAUAUUUAUCUAGUCUUAGUACUGCAUAAUUAAUCUUUAUAUUCUGUAAUAUAUAUAUAUAAAGAUAAGUCAUGCGUGUGGCGAUAAUUUACUGCUGAAACUAUAUUCAAAUGAAAGCAGUUAAUGUCAAUCUGGUUUGAUUAA